UAUCAGGCUCCAAAAUACCCAAUUGUACUUUGCCACGGAUUUUCUGGUUUUGACAAAUUAACCUUUUUGCCGAGAAUCUCCGCCUCUGAAAAGGCGGUAGAAGUAGCUAAAAACAACCUAGAGAAGCUUCUUAAUGAAGGUGUUCAGCUAGACUAUUGGCACGGAAUCAAAGAAGCUUUAGGGAAUAUUGGAAGCAAAGUUCUAAUAGCUAAAGUUCCGCCAUUUGGAAGGAUCGAACAUCGUGCUAGAACACUUGAACAGUAUAUAAUACAGCAAUGCGAUAUUCUUCGAAAGCAAGAACUGAAAUCUACCAUCUAUCGACAUCUAGAUCUUCAAGAUGGGCAUUCGAGUGAUAGAUUUCACACAUUCAAUGAGAUCAAUGAACCGAUCAAAGUGAACAUGAUAAGUCACUCAAUGGGAGGUCUAGAUAGUCGAUACUUGAUAUCCAAGCUUCAAAAAGAGGAUUCCCCAAAACCUUAUAAAGUAGUCAGUUUAACCACCAUUGCUACACCUCACCAUGGAUCAGAGUGUGCAGACUUCGUGGAGAAUUUAGUGGGGAAUAGUAAGAUAUUGAGGUCAAUGUGUCCAGAAGCUAUUUUCGAAUUGACCACUUCAUAUGCUAAAAAGUUCAACGACGAAGUAGUUGACGAUCCAAGUGUCAAAUACUUUUCCUAUGGGGCUAAGUUUGAUCCCAGAUGGUUCAGUUUAUUCAAUCUCACGUGGCACAUGCUUCGAUAUGAA